AUGACCCUGACUGAAAGAGUCUCCUCACCCCUGUUGCGGGGAUCGCUGACGGUUUUCCAGGAGAGCUGGGGUGGGUUGGAGCAGGCCACGCCCCGCCUGGUGCAGGACCGCGUGAUCAGGCUGGAAGACCCUGAGCCGGGAGCAGCCUGUGGCACGUGGGGUAAGUGGAGGCCACGUUCGCGCCGACCUGGCGGUUCACCUGGGGACCCCGGCCGCCUGCUGCCCCCAUCCCUGCCGCUGGCGAGAGCUUUGGCCGGGUGCAAGGCCGAUCACAGCAGAAGGCUCAUCAUACUCGCGGUCCUGCUGCUGUUGCUGUGUGGGGUCACUGCCAGCUGCAUCCGGUUCUGCUGUCUCCGAAAGCAGGCACACACUCAGACACGCCUGUCCCCCAUGUGGCAGCCCUGUGACUUGACGGCCAUCCCCAUGGACAGUGACAGCCCUGUGCAUAGCACCGUGACCUCCUACAGCUCUGUGCAGUAUCCACUGGACAUUCGGCGGCUGCUGCCCUUUGGGGAGCUGGACCCUGACCUCAUGGCCCCACCGGCCUACAGCUCGUCUGCCCUGGAGCUGCCACCCUCCUACAAUGAGGCCAUCAAGAUGGCGAAGCCCAGAGAUGAGGAGCUGACUCCUGCCCAGAAACCAGGUCCUCUCCCAGUGCCUUUGGGCCUGGGAACCACCCCAAGGCCCCAGGAGCCAGGUCCUAAUGCCCAGUAGCCCUGGGGUCCCUUGUAGGAGCAAGAGGGCUCUCCUGGAGACAUGGAGCCAGGGCUUGGAGUCCUGCAGCUGAGGACCCCAUCGGCCCUCAUCCUCCCCGGUAAGGCUGCCGUUCAGCACAUUGCUGCAGCCCUGGCCUCGAUGCCAUGAAACCAGGCCAGUCACCGGCCACACUGGCCAGCCCACCAGGCAGGCCGCCGCUCUCUGCCCCAGCCCCUGGCCGGGCUCACAGGCCUCAGCCUGGAAGAGGCAUCGAGGGCCUGAGCUGCGUGAGCUCAGGACCAGCCAUGAUGUCCACAGCUCCUUUAGGAGAGAAUAAAGCUAUAUCUCAGUGGUCUCCGCCUGUGAGGUGG